CCUUGGAGUCGAAGUUGUUUCAAGAUGGAGCACGUUACGUUUAGAAUUGUAUUACACUUGGUCUAGUACUUCAGGCAUGUACGAGAGAUUUGUUUUCUGAUAAAAACUGUCACUGACAAUUGGAUUUCCAGAAAUAACAACUGUUUAUUUGACCGUAACGAUUUUGUAUUAACAACGAUGCUAAUUUUGACAUGACAUGAAGAAACGAGCGGAUUAUGAUAAAAAUGACGUGUGGAGGGAGAAUUAUCGAAAAGUAGGCUUAUGCUUUCGGUGGAGAAAAUGAAUGACAAUGACACAACAGUAAUUAAGGAAUCUUGUAUUAUGGACAGCAAACCAAUAAUAACAUUUGCAGGUGAUGUAGCUCUGUUUUCAAGUUUGGAAGCGUCCUUGGUGCAGGCAUUACCUCAGGAUUCUUCUGAAUGGAGGAGGUCCUAUGGAAGAGCUGUAAAAUCUGUUUAUGUUGAAGCAUCUUUCAUUUCCUUUAGUAAGGAUAUUCUUCCAAAACAAGGAGAUUGGCAUUUAAUUCAACAACCCAUAUUUCACAUUUUUUGGACGGAGUGUGUGGAUUUGGAUGCAUAUAAGACAACAGUUCGUGAAGAAAUUGAAGCCUGGCUAAAAAUAUUAGGCCAACAUAACAUUCAAGAUUGGAUGAUUGUUCUUGUAGAGACAUAUGAUAUUAGGAAGACAAAUAAAUUAUUACCUAGAACCACAGUUCUUGAUAAAAUAAGGAGUGACUUUGCCUCAAAACAUGGAGAUAGGUGUUUGUCUGUGAUCAAUCCCAUUCGAUCAGAAUCAAGAUCUGCGGAAUCUUGGCGUGGGCUGCUUGCUAGGAUCAGACACCUGCUCCUCUUUGCUUAUAAUCGUACUCUGAUAAAAUUUGAAGAAGUGAUAAGGGACCAAAGGGAACGUCGUAAUGAACCAGGCUGGAACUUUUGUCAGUAUUUUCUUCUCCAGGAGGAAUUGGCUUUUGUGUUGGAAAUGUUAGGUCUCUAUGAUGAAGCUUUGGUUCAGUAUGAUGAACUGGAUGCAGUCUUCACACAAUUUGUGCUCAACUCUAAUGUUGGUGAUACUCCAGAGUGGCUGAGCAGCUUCCAGUGUCCAUUUGAAAACUGGUCUGGUUUGGUAUUGGGUCAGACUGUGAACCAGACGCAAAGGUCUUUACUGAAUGACUGUAAGGCGUCAUUACUUGAGUUCCGCAGCUACCUUUUCUCCAGACAGUGUGCUAUGCUUCUGCUCACAUUCAAACCUUGGGAGAUAGCUCAACGAUCCUUGCCCUUUCUUCACAACUGCAUCAAAGAGCUGGAAAUUCUUGAGAUAUCUACCCCACCAGGGGCUGUUGCUUGCUGGGUGUUCCUCUGCUGCCUGGAGGUUUUACAAACCUGUGAACGUUUCAAUGACAGUGGUCAAGUAGAAGCAUAUUCACUUUACACAGCAAGUCUAUGGGCUUAUGCUCGAGACAAGCUGCGUGACUUGGGUCAGCUGUGUGGCCUCAUGCCGGGCUGUGAUCCUACUAGUGAGCAACUGCACACAGUGGUUAGUCUCUCGGGUGGAAUGGGAGACUGUCAGGGGAACAGCAAGCAGCCUACACCCACAGACAAAUUGAAGGAAGCUCUCUCAUCCAAAGAAGCUUUUAGGAAACAUUAUCUGGAGCUAGCUGAACUAGCCAUGGGGACUUUCAAACACAUAGGUCGGAUUCGAUCAGCACGUAUGAUUGGUCGAGAUUUAGCAGCUUUUUACCUGCAACUGGGUGAGAUGCAGAAAGCAGCCGUGUUUCUUACUGAUGCACUUAAAACAUUUGAAGAAGAAAACUGGAGACAGUUAGCUAUAGAAACACAGCUUGAACUAGCUGACUGCUACAGAAAAAUGGAUGACAAGGAAAGGUUUAUCAAGACAUGUACAGUAAUUGCCAGUGCUCCUGAAUUAAAUUUGUCCACAAGAAUUACAUAUUUUGAUGAAAUGAUGAAUGUGUUGGAAGAAUUACGGACAGAGUCACCGCUAAUAACUUCAUUUACUGAUGCAUUUAAAUUAGUGAGUUUGGAAGUGAGCCAGCAUGGCAAUAAAGUUAUUAUACAAGACUCGACUGUAGAAGUGAAUGUAGUGAUUGAGAGCCGCUUUCCCAAGCUGAUCCUCUGUAUCAACGCUGCAGUCUCUGUAGAAGGAGUAAAGGAUGGAAAAAGGCAAAACGAUUUGCCUAAUCCCCGUCCACAAGAAGUGCCUGCAGAGAAAAGACAGGGCAGUGGCGGGAAGAAACAGCAGUCAAUUCAGUCACAACGAAAUGACACAGGAGACGCUCAACAGCUCAGCAGGUGCAACAGUGAGGAAAUGAAACCAGUGAAUCCAGCUCUUGCCAGACUACACAUGGUGGAGCAUCUUGAUUACAAGCAGGACAAGAGCCUUAGUUCUGCUAGUAUAGUCUCGAAGAAUCCCAAGCAGUUUCUUCGACGGACAAAUAGUCAUGGGAAAUAUAGAAAAAUAUCGAGUACACCAAAAGGAGAUUUUUCAUCAGCGUUAGUAGCUGAAAACAUUAUACUUAAACCUGGAAGGAAUGAAUUUGUGGUGAAAUCAAAGGCUCAGGAGAAAGGUUUGUACAGGCUGGGUCAGCUGUCCCUUCUGGUAGCAGACAGCCUGGAGUUUCUGUCUAGCACCAUCAAUCCUCGUGUGAGUUUUGAAGUGAUGAGAGAGCCAUCUUCUGUGAUCCUCAACAAAGGAGAGAAAGACUUGUUAGCAGGACUUGAGCAGGAGAUGGUCCUGACAGUUUCUGCAGGCAGCUACACUAUUGGAGAGAACGUGUGCUUAAGACUGCGCACAUCGAGAGGCCUACAGAUGCAAGUGAAAUCAAGUGAAGAAUCUCUUACUAGGGAUUUGGAAGUGCCUUUGCCUCAAUCAGAACCUUUUCAGACUCUGUCAAUUCUUCUACGUGUACUAGCAGAGCUUCCACCUCAGAAAGAUGCAGGCACUAUAGAACACAAAGUAACAUUGCAGUGUCCCUGGAAACCUGAAGAAAAGAACAUCGCACUCCACUUCCAACCACCAUUAAUGUCUUCAUUCCGCCUUCAUACUGCAUACACGCGCAAAUUUGUGCAGAUCCUUGUCAUUGGACUAAAUGUUCAAAUGCUUGAGCUCACAGAACCGACACUCACUCUCACAGGAAACCAAGAUGUCAGGCUGGGGUCUCUGAAUCCAACCAGUGGACAGAAACUGAUUGUGGGCAGUGGCCUGAAUGUGUCUUUCAUGUGGCAGUUGGAUGUAGGCGGCGUAGAGGACACGUGUCCUAUAAAAACUGAAUUUAAAGUACACUACAGUCCAAUCAUUAACCUUACAAAGCUUGUCAGUGAAGAUGAGACCCAGCUGUAUCGAUGUAACUUUGACAUCAAUGACUACAAGACUUUGUUUGUGGUGAAGUCUCGUGUUGAACCGACAAAAGGCAGUGAGUUCUGUCGAGCAGGAACGAUGUGCCACCUGCAGCUUGAUGUGCAACGAGUCAAUGCCAGCUCUCACAGUUCAUUGAUGUAUGAGGUGUUGGCAGACCAAUCCAUGUGGGCUGUGUGUGGCAGGACGGCAGGUGUUAUUUCACUGGACAGUGUGGACAAACAGAAUGUUACAUUGGAUGUAAUGCCUCUGAUUGGUGGUUUUCUUCCAUUACCCUUAGUACGGCUUUCUAAAUAUAUACCUGCAGAUCAGAAAACUUCCUCAAGAGAUCCAAAUCGCAAACCUGAAUUGAGUUCCCACACUACAUCGCACCCACGUUUAGAACCGUUCAGCCCUGGUCAGGUUUACAACAGCAGCAAGGCCCAGCAAGUACAUGUUCUACCAUCUGCAACAGCCUCUUCAGCUACUGAUGCUUCACUGGCAUGACAGAAAACUUCUAGGAAUUACUGAGCAAAGGGACCAAGAAAACCAGAGUUGCUCAAUCUUUUCUCUCAGUGUGUGAUUCCUGUCACAUUUGUCAUUAUUUGGAUCUUCUUUGAACAUACGUGUAAUAUACAAGGACCCAAGUGUAAAUUGUGUAUUUCUUAGCUUUAAAAAGUAUCAUUUGCCACCGAAUUUUAUAUAUUAAACAUGGAUAUUAGUCAAUAAUAAGAGAAUAAUUAUAAGGCAUGAAUAUGAGCUGUACAAAAAUGUCAAAAUAUUGCACUGAUGUAUCUCCUCCAUCUACGACUUCAGAUUAUUUGGUGUUUUCUCAAUAUGAAUGCCUGAACUGUUGGAACACACUGUUGAUAGAGUUUGUAUAUUUCCUGUUUCAAGAUUCCAUGUUAAGUAAAUGACACUAAGUUUAAAUUUGGACAGAAAUGUCAGGGACUUCAAUUUUUCUACUCCCAUGUCAGCAUGUUAAACUUGUGCCAAUUUCCACUGGAAUGUGUUUUGCAAGGUAGAUGGUAAUAAUGCAACAAUGAUAUAUUGCGAAGUAGGCAAGUUGCGCUGCAUUCUAGAGAUUUGUUUUACUGUUUUGCGAGUCGCAGGGUAAAAUGUAUAUAAUUUAAUAUCACAUUAAAGGAAAGAAUAAGUAGGUCACAGGAUACAUUGUUGUGAGAACAAGAAUGGCUCACAUUUUUACCACUGCUACCAUAAUUAUGCUCUUGAAAGCAUAAUUUUGGGGGAUUACUAUGAGAUUAAAUGUUAUUGUUAUAUAAGUGAAUAUUAACUGUAUGCUCCAUUUCAGUAAGGUUACAAUAUGUGUGGCUGUCAGAGGAACAAGAAGAAUUCUGUCGUGGUCACAGAUUAUAAUUUUGUAACAUUGUGUGUUAGUUUUAUAAUCAAAAAUUAUAUUAGAAUGUAAGAAAAGAUUGAAUACACACACACAUAAAUUUCUAAAUAAAUGUAUUGAUGCAUUGUAGGGAAUAGGACCUGAUCAGUUGACCCACUUAAAGUGUAAAUGUCUUAGGAGGAGGAAGAAGAGGAACAAACACAUGGUCAAAUGCAGUUGGGUUCGUUGAAUCUUUUUCAUUCAUUGUUGUAUAUUUAUUGUAAUUAUUUAGUUGUGUUUCUUGCAUGAUACAGCAGAUUGCAUUAGCAAAGUUAAGAAAGGAACAUUGCUAUCCGUGUUUCUGGGAAAACUGCGGUAUGGAAAAGAAAUCCUAUGGUAAUUUUACUGGGAAGAUUCAGAAAUUAGAAUCAAAGCCAUAUAUAGUUAUUGCAUCCAUCAGUCUGAAGAAAGGUUUUAUGAAAUCUUUGUGGUAAUUACAAUUUUAUUCCACUUACAUGCACAAGAUAAUUUAUUUUUGACAUCUUUUAUAAUAAGUGACACAAUAAUACAAAUUCAUUUCAUAAGUAAAAGUAAUUUUUUAUUUUAUUUUGACCUUUAGUUGUAACACCACUUCAUAUAAGUGGCUACCAGCAUUUUGAAGAAGAAAAAGGCAUGGAGUAAGAAUUCUAGGGACAUGCACAUUUUCACUGCUUCCAGACAUUGUUAAGCCUUCCUUUGUUAGUGAAUAGACAGAACAAUGAAUCAUACUAUUAAAAUGAUAACAGUUAAGUAUGAUUCAUAUGAAAACUGUAAAUGUUGGAAAAAACUGUUUUAAGUGCACUUAAUAUACUGUAUUAUAGUUCACAUCAUGUUCUGCACACUUCAUUGAAUAAGUAUGUACCUCAACAUACAAAUUGUCUUUGGUCUCUCUCUGGUUUUCUGAUGUCGCUUAUCAGAACUAAAUGUAAUUGGUGGAAAGGGUGUGACAUCAUGGCAUGCAUUUUCAUGCUGCAAGCAUGUCCCUGGCUUAAUUUCUCAUCUUCAAAAAUCACUCCCUUCUGGUGCUAGAAUACAGCAAACAGUAUUUUACCAGCAGUUUCUUUAGAGUGGAAUUUCAUCAGUCAAGGUGAAUUGGUAUGGCACUUCUAAUUCUGUUCUUGUUUCCUGGUAUGAUGAUGUACUCAUGAUUCAUAAAGAUGUAUUCAAGAAUAACAGAGCUUGUGAAGCUAAA